AUGACGAGGGUGAGGAGCCAUCCCUGGACGAACGCUAUCACGAAUCCCCCGACAAAUGUUGACAUCAGCUGGAUGAACUUGCCCACCUGAAACGCAGAGGAUGGACAGGGGGAACCUUCAGGGCAGAAGAAGCAGGAGAAGGAGAAGCAGCAGCAGCACCAGCUGAAGAAGAAGAAGAAGAUCUUUAAUGGACCAGAACUCCACCUUCUCUCCCAUGGCGUCUUGGAUAAAGACGGUGUCUCCGGACAUCCUACCGACGACUUCCCCCGUGUUCGUCUCCUUGUCGAAGAAGCCGAUCUCCUGCCUCAAGAUGGCCUUCAAGUACAUAUUCCUGAUCCUCGCCGCCUGCCUCUCGCCGGUGACCAUCCAGCAGGUCACCUCUGUCACAGACAGACCCCGAAGAAAAAGAAGGAGAAGAGGAAAGAAACGGCGUCACCACCUCCGCUGCCGGACGGAGAAGAUUUAAGUGUUCUACUGACCUCAGAGGAAGGGAGGGAACUUACGGAGGAAAGAGGCGACGCCAGCGCCGGUGGCCAGGUAAACAAAUUGGAGAGAGACCUACGGAUAAAUCGACCAAUGAGGAGCUGAGAAAGAGAGGAAUAUCAGCCGCAGGGAUGGCUUCGUUACCCACCUUGGAGACCCUGCGGACGACGUCAUUGAUGCCCGCUGCCUCCCCAAAGGAGUCUGUCAGGUUCCCGAACAGGAGAGUCAUCAGCGGCAUGGAAACGCCGUUCGCCAGAGCUCCGAUGGUCCCGAGAACCAUGAGGGCAAUGUCCGUGGAAUCGGCCAAGGAGAAGAGCUUGCUGUAGGGGACGACCUUCGUGCCCUGAUUCUUCUCCCUCUGAUGCGAUCCCGAGCCCGCGGCGGCGACGUUCUCCGAGCUGUUCCCGGAGGGACCAUCGUGCUUCACUUUGAGUCCGCCGUCACAGUUCACCUUGCCGCCCAACUCCGUGUCUUCCCCUCCCCCCAUCUCCGGUGAGCAAGCUGCCGAGGAAGACCCACCUGGUUGCCUACCGCCAUGGAGCUCGUUGGCGGCGACUGGUUGCCGCCGCAUAGGAACAAGAUACCGGCCUGUGGGAGAUGGCGACCGAGGAAAGAGGCCGAGGAGACAGAAUCGACGUCAAUCUGAUGAGAGAGAAUCCAGAGAUUUUGGAGAGCUAA